AUGUCUGCAUCAACACCAUCUAAAGCCCUAAUUCUUCACGGCGCCAAAGAUCUGCGCUUAGAAACACGAGAUAUCCCAGCACCAUCAGGCAACGAAGUGCAACUCGCCAUCCGCGCCACUGGCCUUUGCGGCUCUGACCUACACUACUACACCCAUGGACGCAACGGCGACUUUGUAGUCCGCUCACCCAUGGCCCUCGGCCACGAGUCCAGCGGUCUCGUCACAGCCGUGGGACCGGACGUGAAAACCCUCAAACCGGGGGAUCGAGUGGCCCUAGAAGUCGGCCUCCCCUGCCGGACAUGUAUCUACUGCGCCGCGGACCGCUACAACCUCUGUUCCAACAUGCGCUUUAGAUCAAGCGCAAAAUCGUUUCCGCAUCUGGACGGCACCCUGAUGCAAUUCACUAACCAUCCGGAGGAUAUGUGCCACAGACUCCCGGACUCGGUGUCCUUUGCGGGCGGUGCGCUUGCAGAGCCGCUCGCAGUGUGUCUGCAUGCUAUUCGCCGGUCUCAUCCGCCGACCAGCGAGGAAGCAGCGCUGGCAAAAUCACUGAAUGAAGAGAGUGCCGCGAUGAUCUUUGGCGCCGGCGCAAUCGGGCUUUUGCUGGCGACUGCGCUAGCAACGUCGCAGCAUUUCACGUCCAUUGUCAUUGCGGAUAUUGAUGCUCGACGCCUCCAAGUCGCCGAGUCGUUGGGGCUGGGCUUGAAGACGUAUCUGAUUGAGCGCUCAGCGACGCCGUCGCCUCCCAAGGAUGCGCCGCAAGAGGAGCAGACGGCCUAUGCGAUGAAGACGGCGCAAGAGACGGCGAAUAAGAUCAAGGAGGCGCAUAAGAUACCCAACGGGUUUGCCAGGGUGUAUGAAUGCACUGGUGUUCCACCGUGCGUGCAGGCUGGUAUUUACAUUGCUGCACCAGGCGGAGUGCUGGUGCAGGUUGGUAUGGGCGCGCCGAUUCUGACAUUGCAUCACGGCGCGGCGAUGCUGAGGGAGGUUGAUGUUAUUGGCGUUUUCCGUUAUGACAAGCAUGCGUAUCCAGCGGCUAUAAAGCUGCUAGAAAACGAGACUUUUAAGAGAGUGGAGGACAAAAUUGUCACGCAUAGAGUGAAGUUGGCUGAGGAAGGGCAGGGGGAGAGGGCGUUUACGCUGGCUGGCAAGGGCGUCGAUGAAGAGGGAGUUCCUGUAGUCAAGGUGAUGAUUGAGGGCUAG